UUUUUAUUUCUUACAAUGUCGAACCAGCAUGGAGAUUAUAAUAAAAAGAUUGACUAUGUAUUCAAAGUGGUGUUAAUUGGGGACUCAGCCGUGGGGAAAUCUCAGCUGUUGGCUCGUUUCUCUAGAAAUGAGUUCAGUGCGGAUUCUAAGGCCACCAUUGGUGUAGAAUUCCAAACAAAAACUCUCUUUAUCGAUCAGAAAACCGUUAAGGCACAGAUUUGGGACACUGCUGGACAAGAAAGAUACCGAGCAGUAACAAGCGCAUACUAUCGAGGAGCAGUUGGAGCGAUGUUAGUCUAUGACAUGACAAAGCGCCAAUCAUUUGACCACAUGGCAAGGUGGCUUGAGGAACUAAGAGGACACGCGGAUAAAAACAUGGUGGUGAUGCUCGUAGGCAAUAAGUCUGACCUGGGAAGUCUUCGGGCAGUGCCAAUUGAAGAUGCUCAGGAGUUUGCUGAAAGGGAGAACUUGUGCUUCAUGGAGACAUCCGCCCUCGAAUCAACCAAUGUGGAAACCGCCUUUCUGACUGUCUUGACAGAAAUUUACAGGAUUAUGGCAAAGAAGAGUUUAGCUGCAGAUGGCUCGAGCUCGGGAAAGUCAAUGUCUUUUAAGGGAACUGCGAUCAUAGUUCCUGGUCAGGAUUCAGAUGGAGAAAAGAAGAGUGGCUGUUGCUGAACAAUUUUUAUGUCUUCGGAAUAACCAUUCGAAAUUCUGUUUUUUGUUUGUUUUGAUGUUAUGCUUGUUUUCUUUUAGCAAUCUUUGUAGAAAUUAAAUAUAUAGUAAUAGUAGUACAAUGUGUUACACUUUUAAUGG